AUGCGACGAUGCGCGCGACGCGCGCUCGAGCGCGCGACGCGCGCGGCGACGGCGACGACGCGUCGAGGACGCGCGUCGUCGUCGGGCGACGCGCCGUCGAAGGCGACGAAGGCGACGACGACGACGCGCGACGACGGCGGGACGGAGAAUCCGCUGCGCGGGGUGAUGUUCCCGUGGGAGCGCGCGGUGCUGCACAGCGAGCGCUGGGCGGGGGAGCUGAAGCCGUGGCAGAAGGCGUACUGGGCGGCGUUCGCGCUGGGGUGCGCGUUCGUCGUCGGCGCGCGGGCGAAGCGGUAUCACGACGAUCAGGAGAGCGAAGAAGCGCGACGGCGAACGAUGGAGGCGAAUAAACGCGCGCUGCGGGGCGCGCUCGAGGGGAGGAGUUUCAUCGGCGCGAGCGGGGAGGACGAGGAGGACGAGGACGAAGACCCGUUCGAUGGGAUGAGCCCGGAGGAAAUCGAGGCGUUGGUGAAACGAGAGGCGGGACCGAGCGGGGACGUGUACGACGGGAUGACGCCGGAGGAGAUUAACGAGCACGAGGAAAAGUUUCGCGGGAAGGGAAAUUUGACGUGGAAGACGAAGGCGUGA